CCUUUCUUGUGCGCGAGUCUGAGACGUCAGCUCCGAGCUGAGGCUCCCGGAUCCGUUGUUUUGCCCGCCUCCGAGGCGCCCGCUCUACGCUGGGACUCCCAGGCUGCAGCUCCGCAGUGGGGCUCUCGAGGCCGGUUAAUGAGUGGUUACUAAGCGAGUGGUUUCCUAGACGCAAUCGGCGUCAUUGCAGGGUCAGCAUCACGUUAUUGGAGAAGGUAAAUCAGAAAAAUAGACAAUGCAUUAAAAGUUACAUAAUGGAAUCCAUUACCUUCACAGCAGUAUGCAUAUAAAACACCAUCAAUGGAUUUAGGCUAUACCUAGUUUGUGUGCCGUAAGCGAAGACUGUAUGAAAAUCAAAGGCAUUUCAUAACUGAAUUAAUUAAAAUGGCUUCCACAGAUAAUCUUCGUGAGAAGAUUAAAAGUAAACGAAAGGCACUACAAGCAUCUCUUGGUGGAAGCAGACAAAUUGAUGAUAACCGGGCAUCGGUUGCUGUAGAAAUAGAAGAUGGUGCAAGAAAUGAAAAUGCAGGAAAAGUAGAGGAAAUUCCGAAUGAGGAUGAACAGGUAGAGAACCUGAAACGGACCAUGAAAGCCCAAAGACAAAGAAGGAAGAAAAUGCUUAUUGAUGACAUUGAUGAUGUACAUUCUGAAGAAUCCAUACAAGAAGUGAACAUAAUUACUCAUCAACAAAGAACUCUGCCUCCACUUCCUGUACCCACUCCAAGAACAAGUUUCGCUGAAUACUCCAUGCGAGAGAAAAUGAGGGAGAAACUUAAAGCUGCCAGGUCUAAAGCACAGAGUGCCAUCCAACAAGAGGAAACCAGUGCUCCACCUCAACAUCUGAUACCUUUCAAAGACCAAACGUCAGUCACUCAAUUUGACACUGAGGUGGAUGAAGAGGACAUGAAGACAGCAGGGGUUGAUGAAUUACCACAUCCGUCUUCAAAAGUGAGGUUUCGUGAAAUAGCAAAUAAAAUAAAGCAGAAAUCAAAGGAUGAGUUUCCUUCUGCUGAAGAGGCAUAUAACUUCUUCACCUUCAAUUUUGAUCCUGAACCUGAAGAGGCAGAAGAAAAGUCAAAAAAGCAAAAACGGUUUGGAGCACUUAAAAAGAUCGACCAUGAAGAAGAAUUGGAGGGUGACGGGGAUGAAGAGGAGUCAACUAUCAGAACAGAAGCGGAGGAAGAAGAAGAGGGAGAGGAAGAGGAUCAACCACUUGUAAAAGAUAACAUGGAUAAUGAAGAUGACUAUCUCUUCAUAAUUGACCAGACAGCUCGUGAUUUUCUUGUAAUAAAGGCUCCUGAUUAUGAAAGCUACUAUAGUCGACAACAGAAGGAUAAAAAGGUCCUUUUUACCCCCAGCAUUCUUACAGUGGCCACAUCAGAGAAGAUUCCUGAAGACAUGCAGCCACGGUUUCUUGAAGAUGAAGGCAUUUAUGUUGGCGAAAGACCAAAAGUUUCCAAAUCUAACCAGAACAUCCUUGAGCAUCGUUUACUUAAAAACAAAGAGGGGAAGAAAUGGUUCGGAAGUGAUGGCAGAAUUAUAGCGUUACCUAACCCUAUUAAACAGACCUACACCAGACCGCCAAUUUUCUCACUCCAUGAAAAAGUGGAUCCUGCAAUAGAAACAUUCUAUAAAAAAGCUGAGAAGUCCAUUGAUGAUAAUCGAUACAUUGCUGGUUCAACGGAACUACAGGGACGUUUUCAACUGGACAUCGAUAUUUCUGGCAUAGUGUUCACACACCACCCCAUGUUUAGCCGUGAGCAUGUGUUGGCAGCCAAGUUAGUCCAGCUGUAUGAUCAGUACCUGUGUCGACAGCAACAUAAUCUUGCUGGCCUUUACUCUGACAAGCUGUGUGCUCUAAGGAAUGCAGUGAAGAGCAUUACUGAUUAUCAUAAUGUGCACAUCUCAGCAACACAGCGAAGACUUGUGGAAUAUAAAUCUGAGAUCAGAACAACCCGACGAAUGUGUCACAUGGAACAGGAGAAAGAUUGGACUCUGCUGAAGAACCUUAUCAAAGUGUGGAAAGACAUCAAGUCACUCAGAGAGUUCCAGAAAUUUACUAAUACGCCUGUAAAACUGUGUCUUAGAAGGCAAGAGAUUAACCGGAAAGCUGAUGAAAUAAAUUAUGAACGUGAAAUCCAAACUGAGGUCGCGGAACUUAUGGAAGACUACCAAGAAGAAUAUGAGAAUAAACUAGUGGAAUAUAAAAAGAAGUAUGAAGAAUGGAAGGCCUGGAGAAAGGCGAAGAAAACAAAGAAGAAAAAGAAGAAAAGUUCUGAUGAGCAGGAGACUGAUGAUACAGAAGAGAGUUCAACGUUUGAGGAAUUUCCAAAGCCUGAUCCUCCAGAACCAGUGGAUGUUUCACUUGUCGAGCAGCAAGUUCGAACAACAGCAGCUAGAAUUCGUCGUAAACCAGGAGAACCUGUUCUGAUUCCUGAACUGAGUAUGACAGCCACUGUCACACCUACAAACCAGUGUCCAAGAGGAGAACAGCUGCGAAGGCAAGAUGUACAGAGGUCCACCCUGUAUGCCAAAAUUAUUUUUAACAACAAAGAGGUCUCCAGAACCAGCAGCCAAACAUUAUCUGCUGACUUCAGGAUUCAUUUUGGACAAAUAUUCAAUGUGCAAAUAAUCAACUGGCCCGAAAGCAUAAAGAUCCAGAUAUUUGAAACCAUGGGAAUGAGCAGCACAAAGACAGAAGUCUUUAUUCCCAUCCCAGAAACCACUGUUCUCACAGGGAGUGCCCUAAUUGAUGAAAUAGAGUUUAGCAAUGCUCACCGUAUAACGUUUGACCAUGAGGGAGUUGGAAGUGGUGUGCCAUUUUCCUUUGAAGCAGAUGGAAGUAAUCAGAUGGUCCUGCUGACUUCUGGCAAGUUAGCCUGUAGUGUCUCCUGGGCUGUCAGAGAGGACGGUGUGACAUUGAUACCACCAGUGCUUCAUGAAACUGUUGGGGUUCAAAGAUCUUUGAAACACAUGGAUGCUAUAUUGUCUAUUGGAACAUCUGGAUUAACAGACAUGAAAAAGUUGGCUAGGUGGGCAGCAGAGUCCAGACUUGAUCCAAAUGACCCCAGUAAUGCGUCUCUGAUGCAGUUAAUAAUGAGCGCAACAAGUGGUGAGGCUCUUGACCAUGAUUACUUCAGGCUUGAGCAGCUGCAAGAAGAAUUUAACUUUGUUUCAGAUGAAGUUUUUAAUAAAUCCAAGAGAUUCCGACUUCUACAGCUUCGAAAUGAGGAGGUGGCAGAGUUCCAUAAUUUUAAACAAGUUCCGAUUUUAGAUCGUGAGAUUUCUGAGAAGAUUUUCCAGGAAUAUGAGAAGAAAUGUCAUGAAAAAGAUACAGUUGAUAUCACAAGCCAUCUUGAUCCACACAGAGCACUAGUAGCUAGAUUCCUCCAGAAGGUACGGGACUCUGUAAAAAAUAGAUUUCUGUUGGCAAAGCAUCAUUACAUCUUGUCAGAUAUGGUUGUUGAGGAAGCAGUCCCCAGCAUAAGUAUGUUAGGUAUCAGCCUGUUCAAACUGGCUGAACCAAGGAGACCACUUAGACCACGAAGAAAAGAAAGAAAAAAAGUUACAGCCCAGAACCUUUCUGAUGGAGACAUCAAACUUUUGGUCAACAUUAUCCGAGCCUAUGAUGUACCUAUUCGUAAAUCCAUUGGAGGCAAACCAGCGCUGACAUCCAGAUCAGCAAGAUCCAUUAAUGAAACAUUUUCAGCCUCUCAGAUACCUCAGAGUCCUACUCAAAGCCAUGAAUGGUUUACUAACCAGACCUCAGUGCGUCCUUUCGUGGAAGUUUCAUUCCAACGUAUAGUCCGUCAAACCAGUACUGCAGAAGGUCAAAACCCUAACUGGAAUGAAGAAUUGGAAAUACCAUUCAGAGCACCAAAUGGCGAUUACAGCACAGCAAGUCUGCAGUCUGUUUCUGAUGACGUGUUCAUCAAUGUCUUCGACGAAGUUGUUUAUGAUGUUCUCGAGGAUGACAGAGAAAGAGGAAGUGAUGUUCAUACCCGUGUUGAGCGACACUGGCUAGGGGCUGUGCAGAUCCCAUUCAGUACCAUCUACUCCCAGUCCAGGAUUGAUGGCACCUUCAGGAUUAAUACACCACCAGUUCUUCUGGGCUACAGCAAAGAGCGUAACCUGUCAAGUGAAAGGGGUUGGGAGGCAGUUCGAAGCUUAAGUGAAGGCUCUUAUUUGUCCCUCUUUAUUACUGUUGAGCCUCACCUUGUACUUGGAGAAGCUGUAAAUGAAAAGCUUGAGACUCAGGAGGAUGAGAAGCUACUUCAAAAAGCAGAAAAGUUCCAGAAGGAAGUGAAACAGAAGUUUCCAAAUCGUAGGUGUGUCACUUUGGUCACAGAUCUCACUGGCAAACUGGUUUUCGUUACAAGAUUCAUUAAAGCACUUUCUCCACCUCAGGAGCUCCUUGAUGCCUUCCCUCAGGAUUAUGAGGCCACAACAGAGUUGGUGGCUCGUUAUGUUUCUCUGAUGCCCUUUCUUCCAGACAGUAUUUCCUUUGCUGGUAUUUGUGACUUAUGGUGCACUUCAGAUCAAUUCCUGAAUUUGUUAGCAGGUGAUGAAGAGGAACAUGCAGUUCUGCUCUGUAACUAUUUCCUAGCAAUGGGGAAGAAAGCUUGGCUAGUGAUAGGAACUGCCAUCCCUGAGGGCCCAACAGCAUAUGUACUGACCUAUGAACAGAACCAGUAUGUGAUCUGGAACUCCACCACUGGACAGUACUAUGGACAGUUUGAUGCGUUCUGUCCAUUGCAGAGUGUCAGCUGUUUGGUUAGUGCUGAUAAUGUCUGGUUCAAUGUACAGAAAUAUGAAACUGUCAUGCGUGUACAUUUUGACACCAGCAAACCCAACCUUUGGAAGCCAUUUUUUUCACGAAACUUUCCUUUUCCUGGCUUGUCAAGUGUGCAGCCAGAAGAGCUGGUUUAUCGCCGUACUGACAAGGCUGCUGCAGUAGAGCUUCAGGACAAGAUUGAAAAGAUCUUGAAAGAGAAGAUUAUGGAAUGGAGACCAAGGCAUCCAACUCGAUGGAACAGAUACUGUACCGCUACCCUUCGCCAGUUCCUGCCAAAGCUGGAGUUCAGCCGUGGUGGGGAAGUUGGAGAUGACCAUAGCGCAGAACUGCAAAAUCAGCUUGGAGACUAUAGGAUUUCUGGCUUUCCCAUUAAUAUGUCUUUCUCUGAAUUGAGUCCCAUUAUUGAAGCUGUACAUAGCACUGGCGUCCAUAACACAAUGAUUCCUCAGGUGGAGUUCGCUUUGGCUGUGUAUGUUCACCCGUAUCCCAACAACAUUUUGUCUGUUUGGAUUUAUGUGGCAUCCUUGGUGCGCAGCAGAUAACAAAAAUAUAACUAUAAUCCUUACCAUUUUUGAUUUCAGCAGAAAAGUGAGCAUUGCUUAUAUCCUGUGUA